AUGGUUGGUCACCAUGUGAUCCAUGGAGGCUACAACCGGAUAGAUGGCACCGGCCAGUACUCCAGCCGGAACUUUGCCGUGGGCAGCUUGUGGCGACGCAUGGUCGACUGGUUCGACUGGAUGCUGCCAGAGGCCUGGAGUGCUUACCAUAACCAGAUUCACCACUACCGCGUGAACGAGCCCGCGGAUCCGGACUUCUUCGAGAAGUACACGGACACUUGGAAGCUGAAUCGCGAGUUCAUGACGGGGCUCUCCAUGCUGUUCUUCAAGUGGGCCUUUGCUGCACCGAACACCUUCAAAGCCCUGAAGCUGGCAGAGCGCCGGCGCCGUCAGCAGCCCCUCCCAGAGGGCUUCGACCCGACGCUGACGAUGACCAUCUACCAGGUCUUCCGAUUGGAGGCUUUAGGCCAGGGUGUGUACACAGCCUUCGAGUUGAUCACCCGCGUGAUGGGGCCAUACCUCCUGCUGCACUUCUUCUUGCUGCCACUGCCGCUCCUGGUCGCUGGGCCGACCUUUUUCUGGCAUGGCGUUGCGAACCUUUUCCUCGCUGAGCUGGUGGCGAACAUCCAUGGCUUCUUCGUCACCACAUUCAACCACACCGGUGCAGACGUGUACUCCUUCGAGCGUGGCUGCGCUCCCAAGUCGCCAACUUUCUACCUCCGCGCGGUGAUCGGCUCGGUGAACUGCUCCACGGGCGGCGAGCUCAACGAUUUCCUGCAUGGAUACCUGAACUACCAGAUUGAGCACCACCUCUGGCCGGACCUCUCCAUGCUGUCCUACCAGAAGGCACAGCCGCAAGUGAAGGCCAUCUGCGAGAAGCAUGGGGUUCCCUACAUUCAGGAGAACAUCUUCGCGCGGAUGGCCAAGGUUCUGCAGAUUUUCACCGGCCGCGCCCGCAUGCGCCGCUUCCCAGACCACUUGGAGAGGGAGGAGGAUCUGCUCGACUGGGACGACCGAUCGGCUCGCGACCCGAGCUCGGGUGAAGAGGCGCCCAGGCUGGUGGUCUCCUGA